AUGAAGAAACCUGCAGGUGUUUUCAUUGCAUUAUAUUUAUUAUUCAGAAUUUCAGGAAUAACCUGUGAUCACUAUGAUUCAUGUAAUAGCAUAAAUGAGAAAUGUUCAAAUGACUAUGACUGUUGUUAUUCAAAAUGUAGUUUCUCAUUGCUCUCUUUUACAAGUUAUUGUAAUGACAAUACUAACUUACUCACUCCAAUAACAUCCUUCUUUAGUUCUAAAGAUCAAACAGGAAUAUGUUCAUAUACCGCCCCGGAAAAUAUGACAAUUAGUGAUCGAAUGUACAAAAUAUAUGGUUUAAAUGCAGCCCACGCUCUAUUAGAACCAGGCACCAAAGUCGAAGUGAGACUGAACGAUAAAAAGUUAAUGGUUACAAUAAAUGAUAAUCCUUCAACAAAAAAUGGAGUUAUUCUCGAGUUUUCCAGAGAAACAGCAAAUGUAUUAAAUAUUGAAAACGGAGCAAAAACAAGUUGCACGAUUAUUGUACCCCGAUUGGAGAAUACUUCGUAUUACAAAUAUCUUAAUUAUGUUUUACCUUAUAUGAGGUUAUUUUCGUUAUUAUUCAAGAUGAUAUAA